ACCUCUCUGCGUUUUGCUGGUCCUUCGGUUCAUUUUCAGAUUCAGGGUUUGGUCUUCACAUAGUGACCUGUGCUGAAUGUAUAGCAUACCUUCGCAGGCAAUGAUCAGGAGAUUCAGACGCUUGCCUGUUUUGAUGCUGGUUUGUGCGUUACUUUUGGCAGGUGCCGUGUACCAUUGUGUGCCAAACAUUCUGUGGGCUCCUCAUUUUGACAGAGGAAAAGUGGAAGUGCACCAGUAUGUUGUGAUAAAGGGCAUGGGCCCAUUGAAGCACCAGGAUGAUCACAGAACACCAGUAAUUAUGCCGCUUGGGGAUGAGUAUGGCACUGACUUCACAUACACCAAUGGGCAGAAAUGCACCAAAGAAAUGGAAAGGGCAGCUCGCCAGACAAAGUGGCUGGGACAUGCAUUUAUCCCGACAAUUCCCAUCCUGCAGUGGGAUGUGCAUGCCAGCAAGGCAGAGUAUGAGAGGCUGCUGCCCUAUGGGUCCUGCUAUGGAUAUAAAGAUGUUCCCUACUCCGAUGUCCAGGAGGCUCUAGUGUUGUUGAAUUCCACAGCCAACCGUCAUAUGUUUAGUGACUGGCAUCACGUGACCUAUCCAAGCCUGCCUGCCUGCAUCCGUUGUGCUGUGGUGGGGAGCGGCGGGAUUCUGAACGGCUCCAGAAUGGGAGUGGCAAUUGAUAAUCACACCUAUGUGUUCAGAGUAAAUGGUGCCAUCACUAGAGGGCAUGAAGUGGAUGUUGGAAAGCGGACCUCCUUUUACUUUUCCUCUACGAACACCAUGAAGAAUUCUUUAAGAAGUUACUGGCACCUGGGCUUUGAACUACCCUUGUCAGAGGAGACGCGUUACGUCUUUAUCCCUGACCACGUCCGUGACUAUGUGAUGCUGAGGGCUGUGAUAACCAAUUCACCCAUCCUUUCUGGACCCGACCGCUCUGACAGUCCAUCUGACUUUUUUGCUGACCCAAUACCAGAGAAGUUUAAGAUGCUGCAUCCCGAUUUUCUGCGCUACCUGAGGAACAGAUUUUUGAAGACCGGUCACUGGAAUGACCCUUUCUAUCGCCCAUCCACGGGGGCCGUGAUGCUUCUGACUGCACUUCACACCUGUGACCAGGUUGAUGCAUAUGGCUUCAUGACACCUGACUAUGCCCGCUACUCAGACCACUAUUAUGACCGAACGAGGAAAAAGGUGGUGUUUGUCAAGAAUCAUGACCUGCAGCUGGAAAUGAAGUUGUGGGGCCUACUGGAGCAAGUUGGUGCCAUGCGACUCUACCACCGGCUAUGAUGCUGAAAAGCUGGAGACCUAAUGUGGGCUUAUAGCGUAGUCGUCCUUCAAUCAGGGGAUUGGAUCUGUAAUUUUUAUAAAAAUUAAAAAAAAUAAGUUUUAUACAGCAA